AUGUAUACCGGUGCGCCAAUAGCAAGAGUAUCACAAUUCAACCAAGUCAGUAGGUUGGUAUUAUAUAGACAUGUUGGAUCACUGAUGGUAUGGGGACUGCCUGAUUGUGGAAAGAUGACAACUAUUGUUAGAGCAUUGGAUGAUCAAAGGGCUGUAUAUUGUCAAGUUGAUUGUCGCAUUCAUGUCGGUCUAUCAUCAUUAUUUGGUGCAAUAUAUCAUUCAUUGAAACUGCCACCAUCGAUCAAUAGCGCCAGCAGUCCUGCGCCCAAUACACCUCUUUCAGCUGCCGAUAUAAACAAGCAUUAUAAUCUCGUUGGUAUACAUAACAAUACCAUACAGCAACAGAGGUCUGAACCUGUUAUUUCAACAGCGACCUCCUGUCCAACGAUCGUCGAACUGUUCAAGCUACUCUCUGAAAAGGUCAAGCGUAUGACUACACGAGUGUUGGUCGAAGACGAUGAUCAAGAGAAUGACACUGUCAUACAUAUUGUGUUGGACAAUGUUGACUCUAUCCACAGGCUGGACCCAUUCCUCUUUCAAACAUUGCUACGCAUACACGAGAUGACCGACAUCCCCGUGUGUAUAUUCAUGGUCAGCGAGUUGCCUUUAGAGAAGAUCAUCCCAAUACAACAAGUACCUGGUGCACGCUCUCCAAUCACCAUUCACUUUCCUCAAUAUACAUCAGACGAGCUUAAUGCGAUUCUAGUUUCAUACAUCCCUCAAGGCAGUCUAAAGGACUCAAUACCAAUGUACAAUCACCUGGUCACCAUUGUCUUGGAUACAUUCUAUCAACAUGUCAGGAAUGUACUACUUCUGAUACAUAUCCUUCAUACAUUGUUCCCUCUCUAUAUACACCCUGUGUUCACUAGAGGAGUGUCGCAAACUGAUUGGACAAGUCUCUAUAUGAACAUCAAUCCAGUACUUCAAACAUUCCUCAACAAUGUAUAUCAACGCGAUAAGAUCAGACUUGUCAGAAAUAACGAGGAUGACCAAAGACCAAACGACAUGUCUGACGUUGGACUGCCCUAUCACUCAAAGUGCAUCCUGAUUGCUGGCUUUAUGGCUUCCACUUUCACUCAAAAGAAUGACAAGUUAUUGUACACAAAGAGCAAUGUUAAGAGAGUUGGUGGAGUAGAGAAGAAAACUGGACCCAAGUUCUUUGAAGCAGACAGAAUGAUUGCUAUCCUAUUUUCCCUGUUUCCAGAGUUGAAGCCAAACCUCAAGGACUCUGUACAACUUAGUACGGCGAUUCAUUCAUUGGUAUCAUUGAGAUACUUUGACGCACAAACAGGUUUGGAUGCAAAGUUCCGAUGUAAUGCCACAUACGAGAGCAUCAAGUUGCUCAGCGUAUCCAUCGGAUUCAAUCUUGACACCUACUUCAACAAUGCAGAGUUUACAGCUUAA